AUGGCUCGCCGGCAGGAUGUGCGCACGCUGUACGAGCAGAUCAUCGAGACGACGUGCUCGUCGGUCAAGACGGACUUCGUGAAUGCCGGAGUCGACGAAUCCGUGCUGCACCAGAUGCGAACGAAGUGGAAGCAGGCUCUGGAGAACUCUGGAGUGCUUGACGAGACGGGCGAGGAGCCCGAAAUCCCGCAAGUAAAGAAGGAGGAAGGGGCGGCAGAGCCAGGAGCGCCCGCUGCGGCGCAGGCCGAGAAACCAGCCGUGAAGGCGGAUCCAGACGCGGCCAAGCCCGCGCAGCCCGUCGCCGGAACCAAGCGGCCCCGCGAAGAUGCAAAGCCCAAGGACGAUGUGAGCGAGGAGGACAGUCUGGGCGACCUCGGCGGCGACGACGACGACGGCGAGGCGAAGGGCGACGAGGCGAAGAGCGCCGCGCCCGAGGCCGCGAAGGCCGCUGCAAAGCCGGAGAGCCCCCCCCCUGACACGGGCCCGUCCGCCGACGUGGUCCAGAUGAUGCAGCGCACGGCGAACGAGGCGGAGCGGCUGCGGAAGGCGGAGCAGGAGGCGGCUCUUCACCUGGACGAGCGGCCGCUGAGCAGCGACGACGACGACGAUGACGAGCAAUGGGUGAAUAUUGAAAACACGAUGCACUGCUACGCGAAGACGCUCAAGAAGCCCAAGGGCAAGGCGAAGGACUUCAAGGUCGAGUUCAUCAAAGGCGUGAUGCGGCUCGACGGCAAGGACUACGUGUUCAAGCAGUGUGGGGGCAGCUUGAAGUUCUAUGACAACUAG